UUUCUGUUAUCAAAUAUUUUGUUAACAAUAACUUAAUAAUAUUAUCACGUUGUUAAUGAGUUUUUAUUAAGUAGGUUUCUAGUUUAAACUUUUAUUCCUUUAUUCAAUUAAUACAUUUAAUAAAAUAUUAAAAAAAAGAAGUUUUCUAUUGAAAAAUAAAAUUUUGUGAUAACCAGAGAACACUUUAUGUACUAUAUAAUUUUUUCUUUUAAUUUAGUCUAUAGUCAAAAUGUAUUUGAGUGUAUUCACACUUAACGUUUGGGGGCUGAAAUAUUUUGGAAAAAAUCGCUCAAUACGUAUUAGAAAAUUAGCUAAAGUACUUAUUGAUAAUAAAUAUGAUAUUGUGUGCUUACAAGAGUUAUGGUGUGAAGACGAUUUCGAACAUUUAAAAAAUACUUGUAAAGAAAGAUUCAAGCAUUCACACUACUUCAAUAGUGGAAUGUUAGGAUCAGGAAUGUGUAUAAUGUCACAUUACCCAAUUAUUGAUAUUCAUUACCAUUCAUUUCUUUUAAAUGGUUAUUUACAUAUGUUGUUUCAUGGAGAUUGGUUUGGUGGAAAAGGAAUUGGAUUAUGUUGUAUUAAUAUAAAUGGCCUCAUUGUCAAUGUGUAUACUACUCAUUUACAUGCAUGUUAUAAUCCCUCUCAUGACAAAUAUGAAAAACAUAGAAUUCUGCAAGCAUUUGAAACAGCUAAUUUUAUACGUUUAACUUCAGUUGGUUCAGACUUAUCUAUUUUAGCUGGUGACCUUAACUCAGAACCAAAUAAUAUUUGCUGCAAAUUAAUUGAAAAGGGAUCAAAUAUGAAAGAUUGCUAUUCAAUGUGUGUAACAAAUAAAAUUGAGUGGACAUUUAAUCAUCCAAGAAAUUCUUAUAAAAACACUAAAGAACCUACUUAUCGAAUUGACUAUAUCAUGUAUAAAUCAAAUGAAAAUAAUAUAGUUCAAGUAGAAGAACACAGGCAUUCAUUACCGCCUCGAAUACCUGGCAUCAAUAUCAGUUAUUCAGAUCAUGAAUCAAUUGAAGCAAUUUUUAAAAUUUCUUCUAACAAAAAAAAUUUUAAAGACGAUUUGCGAGAUGAUAAAAAAGAAUUAAUUAAGGAUGAUCUAUUCAAAAUAAUUCAAAUGUCUCAACUAAAAUUGAAUGAACAUUCAACAAACAAUCUAAGUUUUGUAUUAUUAUUAUUAUUAGGUAUAGCUUUAAGUUCUUUGACUUAUUUUAAAAUCUUUAUUUUUUCAUAUUGUAAUUACAUAUUUGUUAUGUUAAUUUUUACUGUAAUACUUGCUUGGAUUUAUAUUUAUGUUGUGAAUUCAAUUGAAAAAAAUUGUAUCAAAGGAUCUUGUUCACAAAUGAAAACAGUUUUUUGCUUAAAUGAUAACUAAAUUUUUUUUAAAUAAGAUAGUUAUAAUUAAAAUUUUUAAUUUUAAGGUAUUAUUUUACUAUUAUGUGUGUUUUUUUUUUGUGUUUGUUACCACUUUUUAUUUGCUCUCACAGGACCAACCAUUAUGUCAAAAGAUCACAAAUUCUAUCCAGUCGAAGACAAAAUUGAAAAAAAUUUCCUUCGUUUCCCAUAAAUGGAGGUAAUCUCCAAAAAUUUACAAAUUUAAAAAUCGCUAGUUUUAGACAUUUUUUCAAUUUUUUUUACUUAAAACUUCCAUAGUUUUUUUAAAAAUGACCUAUAAUUUUUUAUUCUUUUUAUAAAUUUUGACCCUUUAUUUAUCCACAAAAGGUAAUUCAAAAUGACAACUUUUUCAACUUAACUAUUGAAAGUGUUCUGGAUAUACUGACACUUUUAUAUAUAUUUAAAAUUAAAGUUUAUGUAAUAUUCUUAAACAAUAUAAAAUCUAGAAAGGUUCAAUAUUUUGGACAUAUGCUGAGGGGCAAGAAAUAUCAACUCUUACCAUUUAUUAAUACAGAGGAGAAUUUGAAGUAAGAGGAGAAAGGGAACACUUAGAACAAACUGACUGUACAUUUUUGGAGAGUGGUUCCAAUGCAACCUUAUAGCCAUGAUGAUUUCCAAACUUCGAUAAAAGAGGAACAUUAAGAAGAAGUAAUAUUCUUUAAUAUGAAAAAAGAAUUCGGACUUUAUUUUGUUUUCAUGGUGAAAACAAACAUCAAAGUUAAUAUAAAAAAUACGAUUUUUGUAAAAAAGUUCUUUUUUAUAUUUUUAACUUUAAAAUGCUAAAACUUUUUGAAAAAUGUAUGGAUCAAUACAAAUUUUUUAUGAUUAAUACUAUUUAUAUACCUCUUUCAUUCGACAUACUUUUUGUAUAAAUCAAACCAUUUUUCUUUAUAUAGGAGUAGUUCAAAACUUAAAAAUGCGUGUAGAAAGUAGAACUUUUUCAACUAAUUUUUAAUUCAAAUAUAUUUAUUUAUUAUUCAUACAUUACCUAAUAAUCAAACAAAUAUUUGUUAUAUUGAUUAAAAGGUCUUUUAUAUUAUUUAAGCCAUAUGCGAAACUGUUGAAUGGAAUAGGUUAUGUAAUUAAAAGAUUUAGAAAUUAUUUGUAAUAUAAUAGUAUUUAAUAUAAAAUGUUAAAACAUAUUAUAUAAGAGAUGUACAACGUCAACGGGUCACUACUCGAUAGACGGUGAAACUACGACUAAACUGUAAACAUGUUACAAUAGGCUACAUUGAGUAAAACAACAUAAUCGUAAAAGGAAUGUGUCACUUUGACCUUGUACUAUACUAACAUAAGUAAAAAUACAUUAAACUGUUAUCUUAAAUAAUAUUUCUGUACCCAGUGUGUUGUUUAAUAAUAUCAACAGAAACACUAAAUACAAAUUUGAAAUUAGCGCAAAAAUAGGUUUAGAAAAGUAUAUUUUGGUCCUGAUGAAAUUUCUUGUAGUAACCAGUAAAUUUAUUAAUAAAUAACAAACAACUUUUUUUUUAAGUAUGGUAUCGAAACCUUCAAAUUUAUAUACAUCUGCCAUAAAAAUAAGAACUACUUUAUAAUUUUUUAUGAUUUCUCCGUAAAAAUUACAAUAUUAAAUUAUUAAAUAAAUUCAAUACUAUAUUUAAAUGCUAUAAUAAAUAUUUAAUCAUGUAUUACAAUUAUAAAUCAUAAUACUUGUAAUUAGGAUAUAUAUAAGGAAAUAGGAGAUUAUAUUGCUUUUGGAAUAAUCCACCAAUUUUUUAAAAUUAAACACUACAAAUUUGCAUAGAUACGUUUUUUAUGAUAUUGAUUUUAAUCACUGUCAGAUUAAAUCUUUAUUGGGCCCAAUUGUGCUAAGACCCCUUAUUAUUUUAAACAACCCAGCACAGUGGGUAAAUUUAUUUUUUCAUAAUAAAGUAUUGCAUUAGCUUUAAUUUAAGAUAUAUAUAAAAGUGUUAGUAUUUCUGGAACACUUUCAAAAGUUAAGUUGAAAAAAUAAAUUUUUUGUGAAAAAGUUGUCAUUUUGAAUCACCUUUUGGGGGCUUACCUGCCAAAAAAAAAAAAAAAAUGGAACAUUAGUAAAUUUAUAUUUGUAAUUUUUUUGGAUUUUCUCCUAUUUACGGGAAAUUUUUUCGAUAUUUUAGGGUAAUGUCUUCGACUAGAUACAAUUUUGAUUUUUUGACGGAUAGUUAAAAGAAAUUGGUUCGGUGAGAGCUGAGAAAAAGUGGUAACAGACACAAAAAAAAAAAAAAACAAA